AUGUCUUGUCAUAUCCUCGCUGGUGUAAAGCUCGCCACGGCACAGGCACUUGGCUUACUUGUGAGCAGCGGAGGUGUUAAUGGUGAGGAUGGCCACGAAGGCUCGGGUUCUGGAGGUGUGCUCCACGCUCCAGCAGUUCUUGGAAUUACUGUAGCUUGCAUCGCAGUGUUUGCCAUUGGAGGAUUCUUCUGCGGCUGUUCGUGCCCAAAGCAGCUCCGGAAAUCAACUUACAAAAAGGUUGCCGACGACAAGCGCUCCUUGCUGGGUGGUGGAGAGUCCAGUAGCCUGUCGUAUUCUAGUACUGAUGGUUUACCUGAUGUAACUCGGACCAGCAGCCCAUCACGUGUCCUGAAUGAGAGGCUGAAACGCUUUGACAGCGCAAGCAGCCAAGUGUCGGAGAUGGAGGAAAGGACUACGGUAUCUAACUCUACUCUGCCCAGUGUGGCCCCUAACCAGAAAAACCUGCUACUUCUGUCCGAUGACGACCGAUCGCUUUCCGUACUGCAGCCGAGCACACCCAAGUCAGCGGGUUAUGAAGCCGCGGCUGCCCAAGCCCCAGCACUGUCAGGUUAUUCAAAUGCCCUCCAUGAUUUGGAGAGCAGCGAGUCACACUCUCAGUCGCCAUCAGCCAAGCGAAAUCCGGGCACAGAGUCCCAACAGCCGGACAAGAAUGCUACCAGCAAUGCCACCCGUGACCAUUUCCAUACGUUCAUAGACGAUGGUGUUGCGGGCCGCCAAACUAGUGAAGCCCAGUCUGGUAGUAGUGCUAGCAAUGAACAGACCGCUGCAUCAUUCGAUGAGCUAGCUGAACAUUCUGUCACCGCCUCCAAGGCUGCUUCAUCCUUGCCAGUUGACAAUGCUUGCACACCGUUGGCGUCACAGGUAUCGCGUGAGCUUCAGCCAGUCGCUGAACCGAUGUGCGAGGUGUCGCCAGCGCCACAAUUGGAAUCCAUGGCCAGGAGUGCAGAGGAAGUAUCCAGCACAGUACAACCACCGGUGAAGCCACACUCGGAUGCGGCACCUGAGAUGGCGGAUGAUACAUCUGAUGCGGCACCUCAGAUGACGGAGGAUAAAUCGAAUGCCGUACCUGAGGUGGCGGAGGAUAAAUCAGAUGCAGCGUUAACGUCUGAGAGCACUGUUCAACCGGUCAACACAGUUAGUGGUAGCGAAAGUGCCGAGCCACAGCAGGUUGCUGAGACAAGUGCCGAGGAAGAGGCGAGUGUUGGUGUUGUUGCUGCUCCUGCUGCUGCUGCUGAUGAUGAUGAAGAAGAAAUGGCAGUAGAAGAGCAGCCUGACUCGACCUCCGAGCCCCAGCUUGUAGCUGAACUAAAAUCAGCUGUUGAGGAACCGAUGGCAGUCGAAGAGGUUGCGGAAACACACCAAGACUCUGCUCCUAUUUCUACUGCAGCCAAAGUUGCAGACGGAGAUAUACCUGUUGACAAUAAGCCUACUGUCGAAGCUGAGCCUGCUGUGAAGGCUAGGCCUGUUGUUGAGGACACACCUGCUGUUGAGGAUGAGCCUGCUGUUAAAGCUGAGCCUGUUGUAGCGGAUACGCAUGCUAUUGAGGACAAACCUACCGUUGAGGAUAAACCUGCUUCUGAGGAUAAAUCUCGGGAUGUGCCUGAGGAAAUGGACACUUCCCCACAGACAAUUCCAGCUACAGACAGUGCCACGGAGGCUGCACCGAAGCCGGAUGUAAAAACACAUGCUGAUGACCAAGAAGAGCCUGCGGCCACGACCAGCAAAGAAAAGGAGGAGUCCUCUACUCCAAAGGUGAGCCGAAUCAAUAGCUUGAAGAUGCAACUAGCGACGGCACCAAUGCCAUCACCUGUGAGCCCCGGUAGCUCAGAGAAGCCGAAAGGCGUCGGCAAGCUAUCAUCUUCCCUCAAGGGGAUGGCAAUACCUAUGCCGGGAAUGGGCAUGCCCCCGAUCAAGCGUUCGCCCGCACCGCCAGCAUCCAGUGCUGAUCAGGAUAGCGGGUCGUCUCGGCCGGCUGUCAAAGACCUUGCCAAGAAUCUCCGUGGAAUGCCUGGUAUGGGUGGAAUGCCCGGCAUGGGUGCUAUGCCAUUCGGGGCAAUGCCCCCGGGCGGCCUCGCUGCUCUCAAGAAGAAGAAAGCGCAGGCCGAAGCACGUGGAGACGAGACUUCGGAUAGCACCGACGGAAUUGCACGAAGUCAAUCCUUUACUUGUGCCAGUGAAAGCAGUGAUAGUCAGCAGGGUGGUGGUCUUCACCGUACUUCUUCACUCAUUCACCUGACCAGACAACGCGCGGCUGGUGCCAAGGGCCGGCGGGCGCCAUCUCGCAACCUCGUCCGCAGCUUUAUUUUGUACAACGACGACGACGACAGUCUCGCUGAGUUUGAAAAUGACGACGAGGAGGCAUAG